UUACAAUAUUUGGUUUAAUGAUGCAUCAUACUCAUGAUUAUCAAAAGAUAGUUGACCACUUAUUUAUAAAACCUAUUAGCUUUCAAGUAAGGUUGUUCUUUAGCUUUGAGUUUUUGAUGCAUUUCAUGUAUCGCAGUAUACAAAGAAAGAUGGCGGGUAGGAAGCGACUACUACUUUGGAUUCUUCUAUAUUUUUUUUGAGUUUUACUUGCUCCAAAGUGUGUAUGAGUUUACUUGAUUUUCCAUCUUUCUUUUGGUGCUCUCUCCCUUUUGCCUGAUCUUUCCUUUGGGUUGAAGGGAAUGGGAAGGGGGAGCUGGGCUAGAAGAUAUGGUUGGUCGUAUUUUUACUGAUAUGUUGUGGUUCAUUUUUCAUUUGAUAGAUACCCCGGAAGAGCCAGAAGCAGGAGCAGGAGCCGAGGAAGGGGAGAAGGUAGGAGUAGGAGCUGCAGCAGGGGAAGGGGCAGGUUUAGGAGCAGGGACAGGGAUAGGUGAUAGAAGAACGGACCUUCGUAUAUCUACCCAGGUAUGCAGAGACUUUCCACCGGGGAAGUGUAGGAGAGGCAGUGACUGCCACGUUGCCAGGUUCUUUCAUCCAAAUGCUGCCAAUCAUGGUGAUGGAGGUCAAUCAGAAGACAACUUGGCAGAAAGAUUGAGUAGUAGACCAGAGUGUGGACAUAUCUCGACGUAUACUGAAAGUGAAGGUCGUAUUUACCAAAUCAAGGGGUAGGCUUCAUGACAAGCAUCAUUUGGAGGAUGAGCUGCACAGAAACCGGAGUAGAGGUACAAUUACUUGCAAGGAUUUUGUGAUUGUAGAUUUUCUCAUGAUGGGGAUUGGGGCAUCAGGUGAUAAUUAUGACAGAGGCACUCGGAGUACAUCCUUUGAUCAUGGUCAGGACAAUCAAUCAAGCAGAACCGGGAACUUUGCAGGUAAUUUGCAGUGGGGAAGUGCUACAAGGAUUAUUGCAGAUUUUCUCAUAAACUAUAUCAUAGUUCAAUUUUUAAGGAAGGAUUAUUGAUAAAUAAGUUCAUGCAUAUCAAAUUUGACAUUUAUAUAUUGUCAAAAAGUUGCGAGGCAUUCUUAAGUCUUAACGAACAAAUUGGUAUUCAGGAAAUAUAUAUUAUAUAAGGCUUCACAUGAAUGUCAAGAAAGUUGUCGAAGAGUACUCUUUAACUAUGUUGCUCGGAUUCUUUGGAUUUAUUGUUGGGUGUGUCGGAUCUUCCAAAGUAGUGUAUUUUUGUGGAUUUGCCAUAGGUGCUGCAACAUUUUUUUGAGAGUUCGAGCAACAUAGCUUUUUAUUGUAAUGCACCUAAAUAAUCACAUUGUAACUUAAGCUUAUGUUAUGGUGAUCUGAAAUGUGAUUAAGAACUUGUGUAAUGAAUUUCAAUUUGGUACAAAUUGUUUGAUUUUA